GUCAAACAGCUGGAUACUCUGGAGUGUCUCGUGGCUGCGAUGGAACGAGACCGACUGCGUGUAAGCGCGAGCCUCCCCCCUCUGUGAUUCAAAGCGUGACCGGCUAACGGGACCUCAGUUGAUCAGGGAAGAAAAAAUAGGCUUUGUUGCAAAAAUAAGGCUUCAUCGUAUCCCGAGAGUCCAGUGUGGAAUAGCCUGUGGUUUACCGGAGGUGUGGAGGACAGAUCGGCGUACUCAAAGUUCCCAAAAAACAAAAACUUGCAAGCGCAGAAGCCAAAGGACACAUCUGUCCUUGUCGGUGUCCCAUCUACUGUCCUCCAUUCUUAAGAAGAUGAAUCACUUGGCGGCAAUGCAGAUGUCAGUGACACUCAUUUAAAUGUUAGUGCGACUUGAGCAGAUAUCGCUCGGCUGGCCGAAGAGGAAAAAGAGGAAAGGGGCUGCUCAAGGUGCUGGAAGAUGUCUCUGUGGAUGAUACUGCCCGUUAGCCUCCCAGUUCUGACCAUCACUGGGAUAUGGGUUGUGUACGCCAUGGCCCUGUACAAUCAACAUGUCUGCCCUGUGGAUAACUGGUUGUACAACCAGUCAUGUGAAGAGGAUCUGUAUUUGCAGAGUGGGCCGACCUUGUGCUGCACGCUAGACAACGUACCCCUCAUCAGUAAAUGCGGAACUCUUCCUCCUGAGAGCUGCUUUUUCAGCCUUAUCUGCAGCACAGGCUCAUUCAUGGUUAUGGUGAUUGUGCUGCUCCGCUACGCCCAUGUCAUUGAGAAGCACCAAAAUUGUGUUCUCAACACAGCGAGUCUCUCCACAGGCUGGAUCUGUGCCGCUGGACUCAUCAUGGUGGGCAACUUUCAGGUGGAUAAUGCCAAAGUUCUCCACUAUGUCGGAGCGGGCAUCGCCUUCCCCACCAGUAUGCUGUUUGUGUCCCUGCAGUCAGCACUGACUUACCGACUGGCCAAGACCCAGGGGGAGUACAACGUGGCCCACCUCCGGCUCUGCAUGACCCUGCUGGCCUUCGUAGCCUUGGUGCUCAGUGGUGUGUUUUUCUGUCAGGAGAGCUUCGUCCUUCAACAUGCGUCAGCCAUCUUCGAAUGGGUGUUCUGCGUCAUUGUUAUGCUGUUUUACGGGACAUUUGCCUUUGAGUUUGCCGGCAUGUCAGCAGACACCAUGGUGGUGCUGGCGAGAGGGACCCUGGGACCUGCGGGGAGAGAACACAAAGUGGACGCACUGGGAUCACUGGGAGGGCCCAUUCCACACACACAGCCACAUCAACAUGAAAACAUGUCCAUACUGUAGCCUGCUGGCACAUCGCGAUGCCACACAGUUGGCCUGUCUGUUCCUUUCGAACUCUGGUUGUCGGAUGAGUUUAAUUGCUCAUUUGGAGCCACAUUCGGCUGAAGCUUUGAAAUGAACCAAACCAGUGCAGACGCUGCUCGUGGCAGAGGAUUCUACUAUGUCAGUCCCAUGUCGACCUGGUGGAAAGCUUAGCUUGUAUUGUGCUCACACCAGAGCUUGGUGUGUCUAAAGAACUUUGUAUUUUGCACAUUGCACAAGUGUGAAACCAAAUUUUCUCCCGGCUAAGUCCUGUGACCAGCAGAGGAGUAUUUUGUCAAUCAGAUCAAAAAACUGUUCCCCCCUGAGAUCCUGUAACCCGUCUUAAGUGGCCUUGGACUAUUUCCACUUCAGGUGACUGCUGCGAUGCUUUCGUCAUAUAUAAAGGAGUGAAGGCUGCUGGACGGCCGAGCUGACAGUAUUACAGUAGUGAGACAGAAAGAGAAGCCGAAAGAGACCGAAGAUUUAGUGUGAGUGUUACAGUGGGAGCAAAGUCAUGCUUGUUUUCCAACAAGACAAUGGAUUAAUGCAAUAAUUUAAAGAAACAAUGACUAUGUUGACGUGCACAAAAUAUUACGACCUUUGCCCCUAUUCCCCAAAAAAGACAAUUUUCCUUCUAAGCUGUUUUAAAAAAAUAUUCCACAAGUAUUCCUGUUUACAUGCAGCUGUGCAUACUACAAUUAAAGUGCCCAAACAUGUCCUUUAUCAUGUCACAGUCUGGAAAAGUUUAACGGCUGGAGAUGCUUGUGCCAUUUUUCUACUUUAAAUCAUGCUUUUACACUGAUGGCAGACCUAAACAAUUGUGUGAAAACAGCCUCUUUCAGCUCAUAUCCAAAAACUUAUUGCUUUUAAAUCUUCAUUAUAUUUACACGUAGGUGUGUUUCUCCAUCUGACCAGAAAAUUGGGCUUUUCUUUUGGACAUGCAUCUUUACUCCAGCCUUGCAAACUGUUGAGAAAUGUAUAGCUGCAGCCACAUUUAGUUUGGAGCCUACACAGCACCGUGCCCACCACCAGUAAGGGAUGGACCCACCAAGGCAACGGUGAUUCGACCCCUGCCACAACAGCACCUUGUGGUAAAGAAAUAUCAGGCUAAAAGUAGCAAAAAUUCUUUUUUUAAUUCAUUACACAUAAAGACGUAAUUCACCUUGUAAGUAAAGACAUGUAAAUUUUACCCCAACAAUAAUAGCUAACUAAAUGCUAACUUGUGCAGCUAUACGUACUUGAAACUGUUGGCAAGUUAGUUUGUGUACAACACGCCCAUGACAUCGCACACAGCUGUAAACAGGCUAGAGGCCGUGUGUCGCUAUCUGCGUAAAAAAACGAAUUGAGACAUCUUCUCUGAAUGCAAUGAAACAUGUCCACAGAAUGUUAAUUUGGAAUAUCCAGACAGGAUAUGCUGUUUACAUGACCUGUAUCAAAUUCAGAACAUUGUAAUAUUUGGAAUAAUAGCUGAAUAUUAGUGCACGUAAACAUAGUUACUGUCAAAGAGAAGAGUUCAGAAAUGUUUUGGUCAAUCCUGGAGAUAGAACAGGGCAGCGGACUGCAUUUUGCAAUCAUUUAAACCUGCAUUAAGCAAUAUUUUUGAUAUUAACAAGUCAAAUUAUUGUAGUUAUAGUUGCAGUCUUAGUAUUGAAAUCCCUGAGAAUUAUCACCCUUCUUUACAUAGAUUUUAGCUACUUUUAGCUGACUGUAUUCAGCCUGCGUACUCAGUCAAGCUGACUGUGUGUCACCUUCCAGCCAAAAUUAAUGUGUGGAUGUUAAAGAAAGUCAACCAUCUGGCAAGCUGGAGGCAGAUCAUUUUCUCAGGCGAAUAUUAGACUCAUAUUUUUACGGUGGCCAUUAGGAUGAUAAUGUUGCCCUGUGUCUGCUGGAUGUUUAAUUAAGCUGAGACGUUAGCCAUAAUAACCUCUCUCGGUUUGGUUUGUGGUCAAAAAUCACUAAAUGCAGCUUCAAAAUAUGCACCAGCAACUACUCAAUGUUUGAUCAGCUACUCCACAACAAGCCUGACACUGUUUUAAAAGCAUCCAUGGGACCAACGCCAGGCACACAUUGUGUUUUCAUGUCUGGAUGCUUUGGGUAAUGUGCCAUAUCAUUAUUUGAACUGCAUACAGAACAAACUGUACACCUGGUGCCUCAUCAAGUCAAACCUUUAUGACUGAGAAAACACAUCUUUUUCUUGUACUGCUGGGUUAAAUACACUACAUCGACCUUUAAACCUCAAGCUGAUGUAACUUCCUCUCUGUAGAGUUCUACCAAAGAAUAUGAAAGAAAGAUGAAACAGUGUCCAGAGGCCAAACACGUACCAGCUAAUUCAAGCCAGAGCACUGGGUUUAUUGAGUUAAGUAAGGAGGCAUCACACGUGUUUUCAGGUCCUAGGGACGUUGGUCUGCAUCUCAUUAUUCCCGAACGAGGAGGAGCAGGACAUGCUGUCAUUGCUUUACCUUUUUACUCGUUCUUUGAACUCUCCAUAGUCUGAGUUUUUUCCAGCUAGUUGGUGUAGCGGGACAAAGGGAAAAGGAAGGAUUUGUGGUGUAACAGAAAUGCAUUGCGUUACUGAAGAGCAGAAUAUGCCAAAUAUCAGUAUGCCUGUGGUGUUGGUGCUAAAUCACAAACAGCCUUAUAUCCUGUCAUUUUUCCUCGAGUUUAGCAGUGAGUGUGAUUACAUCUGAUGAAUGAAAGCAAUAAAAUGGAGAUGUAUAGAUUCGAUCUCUUCAGCAGGGACAGAAGGUUGCAUGUAUGCUCGUGAGUGCCAGGAAUACCAAAGUGGCUAUUUGGCAUGACCAAUACAUUUACACUGAAAAACGCUCCCUGCUAAAAGCUCCACUGACUUGACAUUUUAAUAUCUUUGAGUGCAGUCCUCAGCCUCAUUUUUUUCAGUUGUCCCUCUGUGCAGAUGUUCAAAUGUUGAUUGUAUUCAUUGACUUUUUCUGACGUUCUGUGCUGUGAUGUAACACAGAGUUGUGCCAGAAUUACUGUUUAUGUUUGUAGGAAAUGUUCAACAUCUCAGUGUAAUAUUAACACUCUCUGGUGCAAAACCAGAGCAAACAGAGGGUUUACAGCAGAAAUAGGCUUGUUAGGAGGCUUUCAGGCAGUGAAAAUAUCGCUCCCUCACACCACAACCAGCCACAUGUUGGGAAGUGGUUUCCUCAGUGCCAGUAUUUUCGGUGCAAAUGGUUCAGUUGCUCAAAAGCCUUUUCUUUAAACAGUUAUACAAUCUGUUACAAAAGGACUGAAAUGUAAGAAUUCACUUUCAGAAUGUAUGAAUACCGUCAACAGGACUGCAGUGGAAAAGUAGGGCUGGGUAAUAUAGAGAAAACAAAAUACCAUGAUGCUUUUGAUCAGAUACCUCAAUAUCAAUAUUGGGACGAUAUUGUAGGGUUGACUAUUGGUGCUUUCGCAAAAUAAAUAAUGAUCAGUAAUGUGGAUAAAAUGAGCUAGUGAGUAAAGGCAAAUAAUAGAAGAGGUAAAAGUCUGGUGAGUUGUAUGUUUACUGUAAUGCAGCCUGUAAAACCAGAAAAGAUAAGACUUACAUUAAUAUAAUAUCUAAAAUCUAAGAUGUCUCGUCUCUUGUCAUGAUAUGGAUCAUACAUUGCUAUAUUGCUCAGCCCUAUAGAAAACUUGUGCUUGCUGCUCUGUGUGGAAAGAGCUUUACAGUGGACACAGCAGAAGACAUCACUUGCUGCCCCCUGCUGGUCAAACUGCUUAUAGUAUUUGUUAGAUUUAAAGAUGUAAUGUUACUUGAAGCAUUUUUGUAUUCGCAGGAGAGAUAAUUCAGUAAUCUCUAGCUUCAGGUCAAAUCUGCUUUUGUUUUACUUCUAAAUUUACACAGAAGUGAAGUCAUAAAGAGCACUUGAGCUUGUGUUCCUGGCUGUAGUUCAGCAGUUAUCUUCAGAGUUUUCUACUUGACAUCACUUGAGGUGAAACGCAACCUUGUGACCACACACCACUUUUCCAAUAUGCAUUCUUCUAACAAAUCACAGAAAAGAAAAGAUUUGAUGCAUUUUAAGCGUUAAGCCAAAUGAUGGUGUUGCUUAUGCUGCUCUAGCGAGAAAAAUGUUGCAAUUAAACAUUUAGUGAAAGUGUAAUUUCACAGAAUGCUUUAUGCAUGCUAAGAAGCUAUAAUACAUGUGGUCCUUUGUAAAGUGCCCUUGUUUCUAGUCGAACACAACAAAAAGUGAAAUUUUCUUUCCGUCAGAUUCAAAUUUUGCAUUGCCUGUUAAGCGUCAGUAUCAAGUCAUAUCGACCGCUCUACUUUGUCCUUUUUUUCCUCAUUUACUGAUCUAUUUGAACUUUGCACUCAGGAAAAUGUUUCGACACCAGCUGCAUUGUUUGAUUCACAGCAGAUUGAACGCUGCUUGCUUCUGCCUUCUGUUCUCUUUAAGUGGCAUUCAUUUCUAUGAGGAUUUGUUUAUUUGUUUUGUUUAUUAUAGUUGGUUAGCUGUGUUAAUCAAUACUCUGUAAAGCUUAAAAAUAAACAUUCCUGUAUAGUAAGCUUGUGAGAAUGCUUGUGCUGCUCACGCCAGCAUGGUUAAAUAUCUGAAAGAUAAACUAGCUCAGUCAUGCAAUCAUUAGAUCAUUGGUGAGAGCAUUCUGACAAACUAGCAUCUGAAAACCUCAAAUCAGUUACUCGUUACCGUUGAAAUGCAAAAUGCUCCCUACGUGCCUUAUAUAUUGUUUUGAUGAAAACCAAAGAGGUUUAUGUUGUAAAUUCUAUUUUGAUGAAGUCAUGAUUGUAUAUACAUGCCUUAAUGUUCAAUAAAUAAUAACUGUUGACAAAAUGUA